UCAUGGUUGCGGCUGUUUACGACAGUGUUUUACGACACUGCUCACAGUUCCUCCUCGCCCUGGAUCAAGAUGGCCUCGUCGUUCUGGAAAGGUGUUGUCGGUGUCGGACUUUUUGCCUUAGCUCAUGCAGCUUUCUCAGCAGCACAGCAUCGAUCAUACAUGAGGCUCACAGAGAAGGAAAACGAGACGCUCCCCAUCGAUAUUGUAUUACAGACCUUGUUAUCGUUUGUGAUGACCUGUUAUGGUAUUGUCCACAUUGCUGGAGAGUUCAAAGACAUGGACGCCUCCUCAGAGCUCAAAAACAAAACGUUCGAUACACUGAGGAACCACCCAUCCUUCUACCUUUUCAAUCACCGGGGUCGGGUGCUAUUCCGCUCGCCGGAGGAGGAGCCCUCCUCCGUACGCAACCAGCAGGCUCUCCCCAACCCCUUACGGCUACGCAAGCUGGAGCAUUUGCACUGAGACUGGCCUUUCCUGCCUGUAACAUCAUCAACGUCAGAUAAGAUUUGUUUUUGUUAGACAGAGGAGGCAGAGUGAGAAGUCACCCUCCUCGACUUUAAUUUGUAUUUGUACAUAAACUAAUAUGCUGUCCAAACAUGCAUCUCUGUCCAUAAAAGUGGUCACCACCAUAUUCAACACUGACUGUGCCAACCCUUCAAUUUUUCAAGCCGAUUUGUUUGUAUAUACAGUAUGUAAUCGCUUUGGAGUCUUAAGAUACAGAGACAUCUGCCCUUCUUGUCCCCUCUGAACUGAACGGGGACAUUGCUGUCCUUUGUAUAUCCUUUGUAUGAGGGGCAUAAAAACGCCUGUUUUCGUUUUUUCUUUCAUUUCCACCACACAUCAGUCCUCAGCAACUGUCGGGGCAACAUUUUGUGAACUGAGUUUAGUUUUGUUGUUUGAACUGAGGACCCCUUUUAUUUCCUUGAUGGUUUCCUGGAAGCAUAAAGACUCAUCUGUACAUCCUGUAUGCAUUAGAGAGUUUUGCUUUGUGCCACAGGAAAUCAGCUCAGGGUGUGAGAUGUGAGAGCAGAAGACGUUAAGACAGCCGUUCCACUGAUACUGUGAACACUAAGGCGGACUAGAAAGUUAACGGUACAUUCAUUUGGGUGACGUUUGUUUUUUCCUUCAUUUUACAUUUUGUUAAGAUUCAACAGAUGUUUUUAAUUUAAUAAAAGGCUUACUGAUUUUACAAGGUCUCUGAAUCUUUUGUUUUGAGGCUGGAAUAAAAAGCUACAGGGCUCCAGUGUGGUGUGAGCUGUAGGGCAUCAGUGCUAUCUAUCCUGCCCUACAAGGUCUAACUGCAGUAACUACAUAAAGGGUAAACCUGAGAAAAACUGCUUUAAAGUUUAAUAAAGAUUUUUAACAGGCCAGCCUAACAGGUUAUAGGUAGGUCAGUGAUAUGACACUUAUUUCUACAUGUAUUGAUGUCAUAUUUAUACUCAAAUCAUGACGAUUUAUUUGAACUUUGACCCCAAAAAUGUAGUUACUGCACUCUGGUUUUGCAUUGCUGUAAAAGGUAAUGCAAAACCAGAGAGCAGUAAGUACAAUGUUGUUCUUGUUUUCAGCUUGGUUAACAACUCUAUUCAAAGAUUUGUGUAUUUUAGACUUAAUAUUAUAAAUUAAUGUUAUAUUUUAGUCUUAAUAUGAUUUUAUCUCACUUUCUACCUGAUGACUAUCUAGUAUAAGUUCCCUAUCAAAUAAACUUAAUUAUAAUAUAAUUUCUAUUACUAGUCUUCACUUUUCAACACAAUGAAGAAAUACAAGGCUACGCUGUAUCACAGUCAGUGUAGACCGUCUGCUUUGGUUUUAAGCCUAAAUUUGUGUAUAUAUUCAAAGCAGACCGCUGCUGUUUGGUUUUGAGUUGGAUUUUGUAGUUAAUGCAAUUUUGACAUUUUCUUUCUGAAAUAAAGCAAAAUUGAAAUCUAAAACUUUGUCACAAGAUAAAACAGACAUCAAGGAGUUCAUUUUUAGUUCUAACUCAAUUUCUACCAAAAAUGUAGUUACUGCAGUUAGACUUUGUAGGGCAGAAAACUCUCCUGCCCUGCUGCUUAAUCACUGGGGAGAAAUAAGCAACAACUGUAUCACAGAUUAAAGUAAUUUGUCUGCAAUGGAAGUUAAUUUAAAAAUGGCAAUGCAGAGACGUGUCUGUGACCUUGUUGCCUGUCUGCUGCAUCAGAAAAAUUUCCACCUGAGCAGUUCCACAUGUUGGCCUCUAGGUGGCAGAGCAAGCUGAUUUUUUUUUUUUUUAGUCAAAGAAGCUUCACAAAAUCCAGAUGUUUCAGCUGUUAGACUUCUUCAGCACAAAGUGUUUUUAUGUCCAUCUUCCCUCACAUUUUAAAUAAGGUUAGUUACAAGUAAACAUAUACUGUAGGCUGUUUCUGCUCUGGUCUGUUGUGAUUUAUUAUUUAAUGCAGAAUAUUGUUGGAACCCACUCUUUGGGGCUUUAAAGGUUUCCCAACCUGAGCAUCACCUCUGAGGCUCACAAGGUAAAUAGUUGGGGUUAAAACAUGAUUAACAAGAUAGAAAAGCAGACAUGGUUGCAGGCAUCAGCUCUUGGUAGCUGGAACUGUAAAUAUAACCAUUUUUAAUCACUUUAUAUUUUGAUACAUUUUAUUUUUUGUUUUAUUUAGACUUUAUUUAACCAGGUUGGUCCCUCAGAGAGUGAAGAUCUAUUUUUACAAGGGAGACUGGACCACGAUUAGCAGCAAAACAAAGUUUUAACUAUUAUCAUUGAAGCACAACGAUACUAAUGAACAUACCAUACAGUUAUACAGUACAUAUGAUGGAAAAGUAAAUUUCCUGUAGUUCAAGUCAAACAGCCCCAACUGAGUAUUGAGUCAUAUAGAUGACAUACUUUUCAGAGGCCAACAUUUACAUAUUAAACACACUUUUUAAAAUAAUUAGAAGAAAUUAAAUAAAUUAAGACAUUAAAUGUUUCAUUGUGUGUGUAACUGAUCCAUAUAAUGUGUUAUUUCCACUUUUUGAAUUGAAUUACUGAAAUAAACAAUUUUUCUAUGAUAUUCUAUUUUAUUGAGAUGCACUUGUAUGCCGGAUUAAUAAUAAAAAUGUAAGAAUGAAACCGUUA